AUGGCAUCGGCAGCAAACGAGUCAGAUAGUUACGUACCCGACGACGAUUCUAACAUUUUGUCUGACUCCGAAGAAGACGAGCGGCCUAACCGGUGGCACGGCCCCAGGACUACGUGGCGAGGCUUCAAUAGCGAGGAAAUCGCUACAGCGACCGCGCUCAAGGAGAUUCAGGACAGGGAUCUAUCAGUGCAUUUAUACAAUGCAUUUGCGCUGAAGCAGAGGUAUAGGGGAGCGAAGGAGGGGGUGGCGUUGGAUGGGCCGGUGGCUGGGAAGGACAUCAACGCCGCGACGGGCGAGCUCGUCCAGCCGGAUGACUGGCUACCCCAGCGGUUAUGGACCGCUUGGCCGAUGCGCGCGGAUAAGGUCCCGUCGCUACAGGAUAGUCGGAUGAAUGAUCCAGAUGAGCGGUUUACUCUUAGAAAGCGGGUUCGCGAGAUGCCUAGCACGGCACUGGAGGAAAUCAUUAGCGGCGAGAUUUUGAAGACGGCGAGGCAGAAAUUUAAUGCUAGGCCUUGGACUAAGGCGAGUGCGCCCGGUGAAGAAGCAGACGGGGAGUCGGAAGAGGGCGACGAAGAUGAAGAUGAUGGGUCGGAUGUAGAGACGAUGGCGUCAACGUCUGCAAGUGGUCUGUCGAAAAGUAGAUCGAGGUCAAGGUCAAGAUCGAGAACCGUCAAAUCUGAAGCCACUAUUGGCGAUGGGAAAAUGGGGGUCGAUGAACACCUCCCCUCAUCAAAACCACAAGAGGACGACGACGAAAAGCCUCGUUUAAAACCAGCGGUAUCUACGGAUGACGAUCUAUCAUACAACCUCUUGCGUCCGUCUGUCCGACACAUACUCACUCAGUUAGACGCAACCCUAAUGGUCUUACACAACGUGCAGGAAUCCACGCUCAACUACCAAUCUGACUCUAGUAACUCAGAAGCGUCCGAUUCCUCACGACGCAGCAGCCGCAGCAGAGGACGAACAUCCCGACCACGCUCACGAACCCCAACAGCCGAUGGAGUAAAAAGAGGAAGAGGCAGACCCCCCGGGUCCCGCAACCAAUCCCGCGCGCGAUCAAAAUCGCGGGGCCCAACACCACUCGUAACCGAAGACGAAGGCGAGCAGCCUAAAAAGCGCCCCGGAAGACCGAAAAAGUCGUACCCCCGCCUCGACGGCGAAACCGACAAGGAAUACACCAUCCGCAUCGCCCGGAUCCGGAAACAAGCCCUCCCCAUAUUCUCCGACUCCGAAGUCGAUCCAAACCCCACCUCGGAAACAGACAACCCAGAAAAGCGAAGAAGAGCCAACUCAAUCGACAGCGGCAACUCAGGCGACGGCGAACAAACCGCCGGUCCCAGCACCCGUCGCCGAAAACGCAAACCCCCUCUCUCACAUCCACACUCAACAUCAACAUCAAACCAAGGAAAAGCCCCGCGCCGCGCGUCAUCCGCGUCCACAACAACCAGCCGAAACAGCCGAACCAGCAAAAGCGGUAGAGCCACAGAAAAACGCACCCGCAUCGGCCUCCGGGACUGGCGCGACGUCCUCGGCGCCGCGGCGCUAGCGGGGUUUCCGCCCGCGACCCUGGACCGCGCCGCGAGGCGGUGUGCGGAUUUGUUUGUGGGGAGGGUUGGGCUGGUUACUUUGUCUGAGGGACCUGCUGCUACUCACGCGAGGAAGGGGGUGUUGGGGAGGGAGGUUGUUUAUGUGCCUGGGAUGGGGUAUCCGGCUUUGGUGGAUUUGGGGGAGGGUGGGGUUGGGGGUGAGGGUGAUAGGGGUGAAGGAGGAGGGGAAGGGGGAGGAGGAGGACAGAUGAGUAUCCCGAUGCGUUCGCGAGCCGGAAGCGCGGCGCCGAGCGCCAUCGCCAUCUCUGAAGACGAGGCUGGGCCCUCGGAAACACGGGUGCGGAGUCACAGCGUCUCAAGGCCCCGCGCGCGCAGCCGGUCGCGGUCGGUGUCUGCAGUGUCUGGGCCGUACGUGUGUUCUAUUAAAGAUUGUCCGCGGGCCGCGGACGGGGAGGGGUUUGCGCGGAAGCAGAAUUUGCUUAGGCAUUUGAAGCUUGUGCAUGGGUUGACUGGCACUUCGACCUCGGCGCCGGGGUCGGGGUCGGAGGGGUUGGGAGAGGAGAUGGCGGAGGAAGAGGUGGAUAGUGAGGAUGAGAUGUAUGGUGCGGUGCAUGUUGAUGGGUUUCUGAAGCCGAUUCGGAUGAGGUCCGGCUGGAGGGCGGCUGAUUCGGGGGCGAGGACUAGGAGGUCUGGGUAUGGGAGUGGGAGUGCGAAGGGGAGGGGGAGGAAUAGAGGGAGGGGGAAGGGGAAGGGAAGGGAUGGGAGUGAGGCGGAUGAUGAUGGGGAGGAUGAUGGUGAUGGUGAUGUGAGGAUGGGUGGGAGUGGGCUUGAUGAGUAG